AUGGCAAAAUAUGUAUUGGGUAAGCAACAUAUCGCCAACGACCUCCAUCUCCUUAACUCAUCACCCCUCGCAAACCUCUUGGACCUAUGCCUUAAAUCAAAAUCAUCGACAAAACAAACCCAGCACAUACAUGCCCGGAUUAUCAAGUCGAGAUUUCACUCCGAAACAUUCAUCCUCAACAGGCUAAUUGAUGUUUAUGGGAAAUCUGGUUUUGUGGAUGAUGCGUAUAAGGUGUUCGAUCAAAUGCCUGAGAGAAACAUAUUCUCUUGGAAUGCGGUUUUAUCCACCUUAACAAAUGCAGGUCUUUUAGAUGAAGCAAAUAAGGUGUUCGAUCAAAUGCCUGUGGCUGACCAGUGUUCUUGGAACUCAAUGGUUUCUGGGUUUGCUCAACACGAUAGAUUCGAUGAAUCAGUUGAGUUCUUUGUACAUAUGCAUUCUCAAGAUUUUGUACUCAACCAAUAUUCAUAUGGAAGUGCUCUUAGUUCAUGUGCGGGUUUGAGGAAUAUAAAAAUGGGUACUCAGAUCCAUGCUUCUAUUCAUAAAUCUCCAUACGAACGAAAUGUGUACAUGGGUAGUGCUCUUAUAGACAUGUAUUCCAAAUGUGGAAGUGUAGAUUCUGCUCAAAAAGUCUUCGACUCCAUGACUUCACGUAAUGUAGUUUCUUGGAACAGCUUGAUCACAUGUUAUGAGCAAAAUGGUCCACCUUCUGAAGCUCUUCAUGUCUUCAAAAACAUGAUGAACUCAAAGAUUCAACCAGAUGAGGUUACAUUAGCAAGCCUGAUAAGCGCAUGUGCAACCUUAGCAAACUUGAAUCUGGGACGUGAAAUCCACAAUCAAGUUAUGAAAUCCAACAAACUCACAAAAGAUCUUGUCAUAUGCAACACAUUAGUUGAUAUGUAUGCAAAAUGCAGUAGAAUUUCAGAAGCAAGAUGGAUUUUUGACACAAUCCCAUCUAAAAACAUCAUAUCAGAAACCUCAAUUGUUAGCGGGUAUGCCAAGUCAGCAAAUCUUGAAACUGCAAGAUCCAUGUUUGUAAGUAUGGCAGAUAGAAAUAUCGUAUCUUGGAACGCAUUGAUUGCAGGGUAUACACAAAAUGGAGACAAUGAAACUGCUUUAGGACUCUUCCUUCAAUUAAAACAAGAAGGAAUCUUUCCAACACAUUACACAUUCGGGAAUCUUCUUAGCGCGUGUGCAAAUCUUGUAGAUUUAAGACUCGGACAACAAUCGCAUACCCAUGUUUUAAAACACGGGUUUAAAUUCGAAUCUGGACCCGAAAGCGAUAUCUUUGUGGGAAAUUCUCUCAUAGAUAUGUAUGUGAAAUGUGGAUCCGUAGAAGAUGGAAAACGGGUCUUUAGAAAAAUGGUUCAUAAAGAUUGGGUGUCAUGGAACGCGAUCAUAAUCGGGUUAGCUCAAAACGGAUACGGGCCGGAAGCACUUGAAUUUUUCAACGGGAUGUUGCAAUCGGGCGAGAAACCGGAUCAUGUCACGAUGAUUGGAGUACUAUCCGCUUGUAGCCAUGGCGGGUUAGUGGAUGCGGGUCGCGGGUAUUUCAAUAAAAUGAGGUCGGAAUACGGGAUUGAACCAAUGACGGAUCAUUACGCGUGUAUGGUUGAUUUACUUGGGCGGGCGGGUUUUCUUGAUGAAGCGAAGAAUUUGAUUGACACGAUGCGGGUCCCACCGGAUGCGGUUGUGUGGGCGGCUUUGCUUGGUGGUUGUAAAGUUCAUGGGAACAUUGAGUUAGGGAAGGAGGUGGCUGAAAAGUUGAUGGAAAUAGAUGGGAAGAAUUCGGGUGUGUAUGUUUUGCUUUCGAAUAUGUAUGCGGAAAGGGGGAAUUGGGGGGAUGUGAAAAGGGUGAGAAAGGUUAUGAAGGAAAAAGGGGUGGUGAAACAGCCGGGGUGUAGUUGGAUUGAAGUUGAGGGGAAAUUUCAUGUUUUUAUGGUGAAAGAUAGACGACAGAUUCGAAAUAAAGAAAUUUAUUUGGUGUUGAGAGGACUUACGGAUGUAAUGAAGUUGUUUGGAUAUGUUCCUAAUGCUUAUGAUCUUGAGGCAAUUGAGGAAGGGUUUUUAGAUUUAAACGGAUCCCAGGAACUUGACAAUUUCCAGACGAUAGAUUAG